AUGGCUACUAUCGUGGACAAAAUUAAAGAUAUCGAGGCCGAAAUGGCCAAGACGCAAAAAAACAAGGCCACCAGUUUCCAUCUGGGCCAACUCAAAGCCAAGCUUGCAAAGCUGAAGCGUGAGCUGCUGGCAGGACCCAGUGGAUCUGGUGGCGGUGGUGGUGGACUCGGGUUCGACGUUGCACGCACAGGUGUUGCAUCAGUUGGGUUUAUUGGAUUCCCAUCAGUUGGCAAAAGUACAUUGCUGAGCAAACUUACAGGUACACACUCAGAGGCUGCAGCAUAUGAGUUCACAACAUUGACAACAGUGCCUGGUGUGAUUCAGUACCGCGGUGCCAAAAUCCAAAUGCUCGAUCUGCCGGGUAUCAUUGAAGGUGCCAAAGAUGGUAAGGGUCGUGGUAAGCAGGUGAUUGCAGUUGCUCGCACAUGCAACUUGAUUUUCAUUGUGCUUGAUGUUAAUAAACCUCUUCAUCAUAAACAAAUCAUUGAGCGAGAACUGGAAGGAUUUGGCAUUCGAAUCAAUAGAGAGCCACCCAAUAUUGUUUUCCGUAAAAAGGAGAAGGGUGGAAUUAGCAUCACCAACACAGUUCCACUGACACAUCUGGAUAAUGACGAGAUUCGAGCAGUAAUGUCUGAGUAUCGAAUUUCAUCCGCAGACAUUGCAUUUCGAUGCGAUGCAACAGUUGACGAUUUGAUUGACGUUUUGGAGGCGCCAAACAGACGAUACAUUCCUGUUGUGUAUGUUCUCAACAAGAUUGAUUCUAUUUCGAUUGAAGAGUUAGAUCUUUUAUCACGGAUUCCCAAUGCAGUGCCUAUUUCUUCAGAAAAUGGAUGGAACCUGGAUGGGCUGCUGGAACUUAUGUGGGAGCGACUGAAUCUUGUACGAGUGUACACCAAGCCCAAGGGUCAACAGCCGGAUUAUGAGCAGCCCAUUGUGUUACGAUCGACGGGGUGUACUGUGGAAGAUUUUUGUAACCAUAUCCAUAAGAGUAUUUUGGAGCAAUUUAAGAAUGCGGUAGUAUGGGGGACAAGUGUGAAGCAUCAGCCGCAGUAUGUUGGUCUUUCGCAUGUGUUGAGUGAUGAAGAUGUUGUGACUAUUUUGAAAAAGUGA